AGGAGCAAAAGCCACCCGGCAGGGCUGAGGCUGGGGGACAGCCAGGUCCUGCUGGGCCCACCUGGCCGGGAGAGCCCCGGGGGUUCCUGGCACUGCCCUGAGCACUGGGCAUCCCUGGUGGUCCGGACUCAUCCCACAGUGGACCAGGAUGCCAAGGCUGAGCUCGGGGCCCCUGCACUGGCUGCACCCUGGUGCUGGUGGUGGCCACGAUGGGCAGCUCGGGAUGGAGCAGGGACACGCACGAGCCCAGCAGCCACGUGGCCCCAAAAUCUGGGACAGCUCCAUGGGGAGGCAACGGAGAUCAGCAGGACCUGCCAACAGCCCGGACCCUGCCUGCCUGGAUCCUAUUUUCCCUGCCCAGCCGCAUCCAGCCCGCAGGUCCCAGCUCGCUCCCGAGCCCAGCAGGAGCCGGCGGGGGGGAGCAGGCUGUGCUGCGAGGACGGGGCUGGAACGAGGACGAAGAAGCAAGAACUCGGAGUGCUGGGCCGUGGGAGGUGGCAGGAGUUUGCCCUCACCAAAGGAUGUCAUGUUGGAGAAGAACCGACCGGGGCACCUGCCCCAAACCCCACGGAGGGCGGAACAGACUCCCGGGAUGGAGCAAGAGGCAAACCAAUACCCGAAGCCCAGGCUGGAGGCGCCGGGAAUCCCGGGACGAGGUUGCUCCGGGAUCACCAACCUCACACCGGGUGGUUUGUUCCUGCAGAUUCGAGACUGUGGCACCAAUCCCUUGGGAAGUGCCUCCCUGGAGCGGGGAUGGACAUUUCCCGUGGUGUGGAUCCUGCUCAUCCUGGACAGAGGUGGAUGGAAUGGGCAGCAGAAACACAGAGAAGAGGGAUGGAGGGCUGGGAGAGCAGGAUUUGUCCGGGAGCUCCCCUCUGGAUCAGAGAAGGUAAAAGCACCUCUGUCCUGGGUUCAAACCUCAAACUACCUGAGUGCAAAAGGUGAUCCACAACCCCAGGGCUGGCACUGGAUCAUCCCUAUCAUCCCUCAGGUCUUUUGGUUUCCCAAGGAAUCCUGUGGCAACACCCAAACCAUCAUCUCUCCCGAGUCAAAUCAUCUUUCUGGGGUUUAAUUUCAGAGACAAGGUUUCUACAGGGGCUUCAAAAAUCUAUGUCCAGGCAGAUAAAUACUCUUAUUAAAUAUCCUUAAAUUUAUCAUAGGGAUGUUCCCCAACUAGAAGAGGCACCAGGUGGGAUGUGGCACAAAGGGCCAGGAAAAAUGGGCCCCAAAAUCUGGCCCUAAAUAGCCUCCUUUUCCCUAAAAAUCUACAAGGCAGCGUGUCCAUAUCCAUAAAUAAUUUAAAUCCAGGUUUUCCUUUGCUCGUGGAUCACUGCCCCAGAGCAGCAGCCUGUUUGGGAUGAGUCCAGAGCCCCGCUGGAACGGGAGUCCCGGGGGAUGGCGGGGGCUGAGCUGGGAAGGGCCAGGCCUGUCCCUGCUGCUCUGAGAGACGGUUUUCCUCCGUGUCAAACAAAUCCAGCCCUCCCAAAUCCGGCCCUGGGGUGCAGUUGGAGCAGCACAGCCCCUCAGGGAGCGUGGGAGGGAUCAGCUGAGCAGGUGGCAGGUGCUGGGGAAGCGCAAACUCAACGAACCACCACCAGAUUUAUGCGAGCGCCGAUAAAGCCGAGUGGAAAAGCGCUUUCUU